AUGGCAUCAAUUGAUAAAUCUUGGAUACAAUUGAAGAAUCGGGCAUCUCUGGAGUAUAUGGACAGAGUUAGAAAGUUUGCACAAUACGCAGAGGACAAUGUUAAAGACGAAGAUGGUAAAAUUAGGUGUCCUUGCACGGUCUGUUCUAACGUCUGCAGAUUGACGAUUGGAGAGGUAGAGACGCAUCUUCUUCGUAAAGGGAUGCGAAGUGACUACACUAAGUGGGUAUACCAUGGGGAGGGCGAUGAUGAAGAUGAAGAUGAAAAUGAAACCGAUGAUGUUGAUAUGGACUUGGAUGACAUGCUCGGGGUUCUUAAUCACCUCUUACCUCCACAGCCCGAUCCUGAGCCGGAAGACCCUAACGAAGAAGCCCAAAAGUUCUACAGACUUUUUGGAGAAGCGCAAUCACCGUUGUACGAAGGUUGUGAUCCAAAGUUGUCAAGAUUGUCAUGUAUCGUGAAGCUCAUGAACAUGAAGUGGUUGAAUAGUUGGACUGAUCAUUCCUUUACCGAGUUCUUGAAAUUCAUUCGGAGCGCAUUUCCUAUGGCGGAGUCAUUGCCAAAAAAUUACUAUGCAUCAAAACAGUUAAUGAAGGGUCUUGGGCUACAUUGUAAAUAA